GUGUUCUGGGCGUGGCUUAGCGGUGUUGCUUCAGGGAGGCACUGGCAGCUGAGACGCAGGGGAGCUGGGCAGAGUCGGUGAGCCAUGGCGGCGGCAGUGGCGGCAGCGGCAGCAAUGCGGUCCCGGAUCCUGCAGGUUUCUUCUAAGGUAAACGCCCCAUGGUACCCAGCAUCCUCCUUCUCUUCGUCAUCAGUGCCAACUGUAAAGCUCUUCAUUGAUGGAAAAUUUGUUGAAUCCAAAAGUGACAAAUGGAUUGACAUCCACAACCCAGCCACCAAUGAGGUUGUUGGUAGGGUUCCUCAGUCCACCAAAGCUGAGAUGGAUGCAGCCGUUGAAUCCUGCAAACGUGCUUUCCCUGCGUGGGCAGACACAUCUAUUUUAAGCCGGCAGCAGGUCUUGCUUCGUUAUCAGCAGCUCAUUAAAGAGAACCUGAAAGAAAUUGCCAGGUUAAUCACAUUGGAACAAGGGAAGACUCUUGCUGAUGCUGAAGGAGAUGUAUUCCGAGGCCUUCAGGUGGUUGAGCAUGCCUGUAGUGUGACAUCCCUCAUGCUGGGAGAGACCAUGCCAUCUAUCACCAAAGACAUGGACCUUUAUUCCUACCGUCUGCCUCUGGGGGUGUGUGCAGGCAUUGCACCAUUUAAUUUUCCUGCCAUGAUCCCCCUUUGGAUGUUUCCCAUGGCUAUGGUUUGUGGAAAUACUUUCCUAAUGAAACCAUCAGAGCGAGUACCUGGAGCAACUAUGCUCCUUGCUAAGUUGCUUCAGGAUUCUGGUGCCCCUGACGGAACCCUGAACAUUAUCCAUGGACAACACGAUGCUGUAAACUUUAUUUGCGAUCAUCCAGACAUCAAGGCAAUCAGCUUUGUGGGAUCCAACCAGGCAGGAGAGUACAUCUUCGAAAGAGGAUCAAGAAAUGGCAAGAGGGUUCAAGCCAAUAUGGGAGCCAAAAACCAUGGAGUAGUCAUGCCAGAUGCCAAUAAGGAAAAUACCCUCAACCAGCUGGUUGGGGCAGCAUUUGGAGCUGCUGGACAGCGCUGCAUGGCUCUUUCAACAGCCAUCCUUGUCGGGGAAGCUAAGAAGUGGCUGCCAGAACUGGUAGAUCGGGCCAAAAAUCUGCGAGUCAAUGCAGGAGACCAGCCUGGAGCUGAUCUUGGCCCCCUGAUCACCCCCCAGGCCAAAGAGAGAGUCUGCAAUCUGAUCGAUAGCGGAACAAAAGAGGGAGCUUCCAUCCUUCUGGAUGGGCGAAGAAUUAAAGUCAAGGGCUAUGAAAAUGGUAACUUUGUCGGACCAACCAUCAUCUCUAAUGUUAAGCCAAGUAUGACUUGUUACAAAGAGGAGAUAUUUGGUCCAGUUCUUGUGGUUUUGGAGACAGAGACACUGGAUGAAGCAAUCAAGAUUGUAAAUGACAACCCAUAUGGAAAUGGAACUGCCAUCUUCACCACCAACGGAGCCACCGCCCGCAAAUAUGCUCACAUGGUGGAUGUGGGACAGGUGGGUGUGAAUGUCCCCAUUCCAGUGCCUUUGCCGAUGUUUUCCUUCACUGGCUCUCGCUCUUCCUUCAGGGGAGACACCAAUUUCUAUGGCAAACAGGGCAUCCAGUUUUACACGCAAUUAAAGACUAUCACGUCUCAGUGGAAAGAAGAAGAUGCUACGCUUUCCUCCCCUGCUGUAGUCAUGCCUACCAUGGGGCGUUAGAAACAAGUUCUUCAAGACUCAGUCCAGCCUGAGUAAUUUCCCAUCGCUCUUGGCGGCCUUCAUGUGCCAUCUUUGCUCAAAACAGAUCCAUGAGAAUGGAAUAUAUUGCAACUAAAUUCUUUCUCAGAACUCUCAAUCCCUUCAAAGUUGUAGGGAGUGCAAGAUAACACUAAUACCAGGCCUUCAUUGUUUUCCAUAUGUCUCCACAGUUUUUGAGGUAAUUGUUGUUAAGUGUGAAGUGUUUGCCUAGAAUUCGAGCUUAGAACUGUCUUCUAACUAUUCCUUUCUGAACGAGAGGAAUGUCAAUGUAGGGACAGAUCUUCCAAUCACUGAAACAGUUCAUCCUCUAGUUGAGCCUCAAAUGCAGCCCUCCACCGGUCCCCACACUAACAUGUAACCUAGUUUUACAUAUCUUAGCAUUGUGACGACUGCUCUCUGCUCAAUGCCACUUUCUUCUGUGUGAUUCAUGGCCACUGUUUAAUUCUAUCAUUGUCCAUGUUCUUGUGUCUUAAAUACUUCUCAAGGAUACCUCAGGAUGAAGUGACAAGUUAGCUUUUAGUUACAUGUGCCAUUCUUCAUGCUUUGCCUCAACAACCAUUAAAUCAGUACUCCAGCCAUUAAUGCAGAUGCAAAUAGAUCCUUAGAUAAAAUCUUUUCACAAAUGAUUUUUUAACCCAGAGAUCAAAGGAUCUCCCAUCAUGAAAGUGGAUAUACUCUUGCCUUAAGUAGGCUUAACCUGUUAUUUGCCAAGUUUUGUUAUUCUUCUUUUGGCAGUAUUUCUCAUUAGUUGAUACUUUUUAAUGAAAGAACUCUUCAUAUAGAAUAAUUGAUUAGGCUACUAGAAACAUCAAAGUUUCAUGCUUUGACAGUAUUCAGUCACCUUAUUCAACUUAACCAGUUAUUCAGCUGCCUUUAAGCCUGCUUCUCUGAUAAUCUAACCCUGAAGUCAGAAGAGACUGAUGUGCUGCACAGAACAGUUUGUCUGUCUGACCUGGCUGAAGCCUGACUUUCUAAACUAGAUGGCUAUGGGUUCUGCUUGAUCUUUAGUGCUUAGUGAGGUGUGGCGCUGUCAUUGUUGUGCUCUGUUCUGUACAGCCAUGUGUGGACAGUGCUGCUCCAGUCCAUUGUGGGUUUGGUGAGUUAAAAUAAAAGGUGGUAAAAAAAACCUGGACAUUCCCUACUCUUUGGAUCUAAGAUUAUUAAAGUAACCACAGCCCUGGCAGAAUCCAGAGCUUCAGUCACUUUAACAAAACACAACUCUGAUUUUCUUUCGUUUUCCAUCCUAAAGCUAAGUAGACAUUUAUACUUUGUGACUGCGAUGCAUUUUGUUUUCUUAUAAAACACAGUUCACAUUAAUCCAACAAUUUUGGGCUGGGUUGAAAAGUGGUUAUUAUCUAAAUCCAAGUAGAAUUUAAUCACAGACUCCUAAUAUUCUCCUUAGAUAUAAAGGAAGUUACUUUUAGAAAUUACAACUAAUCCGAAUUGUGUUAUUUCUAAUCAUAAUCAACAGAUUUGACCAGCUACUUGUGCUCAAAAGGGUUUCUUGUUUCUUAGAUGCAACUUAUAUUUGGUUGCAUUUGGGUUAAUAUCAUUAAACGAGAAAACCAGCGUUUUCCCUUUUUGUCCUUAUAUGUCUUUGCUGAAUUUUGUGAGCUUCUAUACUGAUUAUGAAUAACAAAGCACAAAUAAAAAAGCCUUAGGAAAAAUACAGUAUUGAAAAAA